CAGCAGUGGACAAUCCGCCCAGAGAAGAAUUAAAGGAAAGCCAAGUUGACGAGCACACAUUGGAACUAUAUACCUUCAGCCAUGGCCAGAACCAACGCAUGAGGAGCAACUUCACAUGCUGCUCUCUUAAGAGAUACCCGGGAUACUUGUACCCUUCAAUGUCCAUGCAUGUCGCAGUCAAUCAGCGUUGCACAACCCCGGUAAACACAAUAUCAGACCAGCUUUACUGAUCAAUCUUAAGUCCGCCAAAGCUCAGCACACGGCCGAGACAUCUCCACAGCAGCACAUUGGUUGUGAUUUCUCUGCAAACAUGGGGGGCUCUGGAAAAAUUGCAUCGGCUCUGGGUACCGACUUCUGCACUCUCGGCAUGUUCAUCAUCGACGACAUUUAUCCUCCCCAGGGUACGGACCAAGACCCGAAACUGAAUGUCAUCGGCGGAGCGGGUACUUACAGCGCAAUUGGUGCACGCCUCUUCUCACCGCCGCCCAAAUCACGUUCGGUGGGAUGGAUCGUCGAUGCUGGUACAGACUUCCCCGAUGAACUGACCAACAUUGUCACGUCGUGGGAUACCGGCGUCGUCAUCAGACCAAGGCCAGCGCCGACCACACGCGGCUGGAAUGGAUAUUCGGGUAACCAACACCGGGCCUUCAAGUACCUGACUGAGAAGAAGCGGCUCACUGCGGAUGACCUUACCGAUACCCUCGCUGCAGCGAAGUCCUUUCAUCUGAUCUGCAGUCCGCUCCGGGCUAUUGACCAGGUCAAAGGAAUUCUUGCAAAGCACAAGGAACCCGGAACUAUGGCGGAUGCCAAGUCCACCCCUUCGAACAACAUCACAUCGGAAUCAUUCGUAUCACAGUCAAGACCAAUCUUCAUAUGGGAACCAGUGCCCGAUCUCUGCACCCCAGAAGAACUGCAGAACACGCUUGAAGCCCUCCACCACGUCGAUUUAAUCAGCCCUAAUCAUGAAGAGCUCGCUGCGAUCUUCUCCUACACGCACCCUGACCAGCCGUUAAAAGAUGUCAUCGAAGAACAUGCCCAACGAUUGCUAGACUCAGGCAUCGGCCCGCAGAAGCAAGGUGCCGUUGUGGUUCGAGCUGGAGCGGAAGGCUGCUUCGUGCUCACGUCGUCUCAGAAACGAUGGUUACCUGCUUACCAUUCUGAUUCGAGCCGUGUCAUCGAUCCAACGGGAGGUGGCAAUGGCUUUCUCGGCGGUCUCGCCGUCGGUCUGGUGCGAACAGGUUUUGAUGUUGUUGAAGCUGCACGGUGGGGCAGCGUUGCUGCAAGUUUCACAAUCGAGCAGGUCGGAAUGCCCAUCCUGUCGUCUGCUACGGACGACCAAGCGGAGCUGUGGAACAAUGUCAAUGUGCUGGACCGGCUGGCUGAGUAUCGGAAACGAACUGCUUGAGACCUGCACCCUCAGGCGGACGAUUUUUGGUUGCUAUGAACGCUCAUCAUUGUUAUGAUCUGCCCGCCAUGCAUUCAUUUCUUAUGCCAGGAACGGAUGACGGAAAGCUGCAUGUUGCAAACGGAUGGCAUCACUGCCUGUGCCAACGCGGAAGUAAGAUUGCUGUCUCGGCUACAAGGCUGACCGGACGACUUGUCCGACGU